AUGGACCAGAAAAAGCAAGGGAAAGAGUUGUCUGAAGAACUCAGAAACAAAAAAGAUAACAAACAACCAACCUUCUUGGCUGUGAACGCAAGACAAGAAUCACCCCAGACUAAACAGAAAGAUAGUGUAAAUGGUAGAAAAAAAGCCAAUGAAAACUUCCAGAUCAGGGGCGUAACUUCAUCCCAGUUACCAAGAGGCACUUACCUGCAUAGUACAGGCAGUCAGCAGCUAAUCUUCACUAAGCAAGCCAUUACACUGAUUUCUACUUUUGCAGUCAUCAUUGUGGAACCUAUUGAGAAAAACUUGAAGACAAGGCACAAAACUAGUUUACCCAAUAAAAAAAUGGAGAAUGAAGACAGACAAAUUACUGUAUGGGUUUGCCAAGAAGAAAAAAUAGUCUGUGAAUUGACAAAACACACAACCAGUGCAGAAGUAAUAAAAGCUCUUCUUGAAGAACAUCAAGCUGUAACCAGAAGCAACUGUUGUCUAUUGGAUCAUUACAAAGAGUAUUGUAUUGUGGAAAAAUGGAAACAUUUUGAACGCCUUUUGCCGCCAUCCACAAAAAUACUGAAACUCUGGCAGGCUUGGGGUACAGAACAAAUUAACUUGAGCUUUGUUCUAGUGAAAGCAGGUAUGUUGAAGCCUUGUUCUAAGUGGAACACUACCGAAAAUGCCAUAGUCCCUGAUAAACACAGGGCUCAUCGGAAAUAUAGUGCAAAAGCUUAUGUUAAGGCUUUUCCACUGGAAAAACAGAAGACGAUUGUAAGAAAUACUUUUAGAAAAUUGGCAAAGCAGAAAAGAGGCAUGGAGCACCAAGAAACACAUUGUAUAAAGAGAAACAAUCCAGUUUUGCUUUCUCAAGAUAACAUUAUUAAGCAGACAGACAAAGUUCUAUACCAGGAUAAAAAGAUAAAGGAACGUGGAAAAUGUCAACAGUUGAAAAAAUCAGAGAACAACGGAGAGCACUUUGCCUGUGAAAGCUCAGUGAUAGCAGAUGACUUUAGACUCCAUCAAAUAAAGUAUUUUCCAGAUACGGAUAGCCUGGAAAAACUGCUACAUAUUGAAGAAGAGUUAAUUCAUCAUCAUUUGCUUAUUAAAAUGUUAUCUGAUGAAAUUAGAGAGGAGAUAUCUUCCAUAUUCAUAGAACAAAAUAGAGAUUUGUGUAUUUGUGAUGCAGUACAGAAGAUGCACAUGGAAACAUAUACUUCUGAAAGGGUUCAGAAAGAGAUAGAUGAGAGCAUUCAGGUGGGGUUACAAUUACAUUCUCUCUUCAAUAGCAUUCAGAAAGAAGUCCAGUGCAGUGAUUUACUGCUACAUAGGCAGCAACAGGAAUAUAAAAUCCUACAGGAAGAACUAAAUUCACUAUGUGUAAGUGAUACAAAGAACUGUUUGUGUCAUAGUCCACAACAACAAUAUAACAUACCUUUAGGUGCUGGUAGUAGUAAAGAAUUAGGUGACAUCACUAAAGCAGUGUCUAAUAUGGAUUUACAAAAUAACACAGAUUCAGAUACCGGAAUCAGCUCCACUCAUAGUCAAGAUUGAGUCUGCUUCAUGGGAACUAGUGACAUUUGCUGAGUUACACUUGUCUACCUACUGUAAAGAAUGACAGACCAAUUGUAAAGUACUGGAUGUCUAAUAUGCUUAAUGUGACAGUGCAAUAACAAUGAAACAUAAUGUGCCCAAAUGAGGUACAGAUUAGGCACAUACCCACGGCAAUGAAAAGGUUAAAAACAUAUCACAUCUUUAUUGUGUUUACUUUAGAAAUACAUUCUGUGCUUCUUGUACCAGGGCACUUUAUAUAAUGGCCAAACAUUAUGGGGAUGCUAGUUACACGGUUCCUUCAUAAUUAUGUGAUGAAUGCUUUACUAUUUUGAUUUAAACAGACAUGGAGGCAUUAAAGGCCAUUUUGACUUGUCUAAUGGUUAUUUUCACAUGUUGCUCUGUAACAACAGUCACUGCAGUAUUAUAUAUUUUUUUUUUACAUUUAUAUAACACUACAUGUGCACAUGGUUUAUAGAAAAGAAAGAAAUAGGACAACAAGUUUUAGAAUAAUACAUCCAGAAACUGUUCAGGAUUAUAAACAACUCCUUACUCUGAAGUGCCUUUUUGCACACAAAUGAGCCUGUACACAAGAGACGAGCCAUUCACUUCUCAUAUUCCGCAUUUGCUUCUCCAUUCCAUAGAAUGCCAUUCUGCACUGGAUUUGUAAAUUAGCAUUUUGCAGGCUUAGCCCAUGAAAAGAGCUGGGAUGACACAGUCUAAUCAUCCUGCAGUGGGAUGUGGUUGCAGUAAGUCUGGGAGCACAGAAGGUAAAAUUCCACAGCCAAAAAGUAUAUGAAAUUCGGCAGCCAAAUGCAGACUGAGGCUCAUUUUUUAUGAACCAGUUUCAACCAUUUUAUUUAUCAUUAUUAUACAUAC